AUGAAAACUAAGAAGAAAAAACAAGGAAAUAUUGAAAAAGGGAAACUUUACAAGCUUGUUAUGAAUUUGGAAUUUGAUAAUCCGUCAGAAAAUGAAAAUUUUAAAAGUAAAGAUUUUGAAGGACUUGUGGACUCUGCAAUUAGAAGAGUUCUAGGCGAAGCAGCCCCUUUAUAUCAAUUUUUAUCUUAUGAUGUUGCCACAAGACGAGGAAGUUUAUUAUUAAAAUCGGAAGAUUUUAGUUUAAUUUGGGGUGCUUUAACAAUUUAUGGGUGUCAUUUUGAACAAAAAAUUGCUUUGCAUUUUUAUAAUUUGUUCCAUUUAAAAAUGCUGCCGUUUUAUUUAUUUGUUGGUAUUCUCUUGGCAAUAAUUCUAUUUUUAUUUGUUAUUGGCCUUAGUCUGCCUGGAAGACUGCCUUUUGUUAUUGAAGGAAAACAUGCUGUUAUAACAGGAGGGUCAAAAGGCAUUGGAAGAUGUAUAGCAGAACAACUUUUAGAAGAAGGAUGUAAAAUUGUUUCAAUAAUUGCUAGGGAUUUGGAAGCUUUGGAAAAGGCUAAAAAGGAAAUUUUACAGCUUGGAUUUGAAGAAGAUUCUGUUAGAAUUUAUUCUCUUGACCUUAACAGUGGACAAAAAAUUAUCAAGGAUUUGAUAGAAAAAAUAAUUGUCGAUUCGGGCCCAAUAGAUUUAUUAAUAAACAAUGCUGGUACCUGUAUACAAAAUUCUUUUGAUGAAUUACCCGAAGAUGCUUUUGAAAAACAAAUGAAAACAAAUUUUUUCAGUGCAGUUUAUAUGACUCGGGCUGUUCUUUCUCAAAUGAAACAACGUCGGUGUGGACACAUUUCUUUUGUUAGUUCGGCAGCAGGGCAAUGUGCGAUUUGGGGUUAUUCAGCCUAUUCUCCUUCAAAAUUUGCUGUUAGAGCCUUUGCAGAUGUUCUUUAUAUGGAACUUCUUCCUUAUGAAAUUGGUGUUUCUGUAUUAUUUCCACCAAAUACAGCAACGGAAGGAUUUGAUGAGGAAUUGAAAAAUAUGCCUGAACAGGUCCGUCAAAUUUCAAAUUCUGCUGGUGUUUUUCCCCCUAAACAAGUUGCCGCAGCAUUAAUUCGUUCUAUUCGCAUGGGGGAUUUUUGGACUUGUGUUGGAUUAGAAGGUAAAAUGCUUGGCUUUCUUUCUGCUGCAGCUUCACCAGAAACUAAUUUUGUUAAUGCUGUUAUGCAGAUUUUCUUUGCUGGAAUAAUUCGUGGAAUAAUGCUAAUCUACACAGCUCAAUUUAAUGCUAUCAUCAAAAAUUGUUAUAAAAAGGCAAAAUAA